AUGUCCUUCCAGUACUUGAAACACGCCCGCAAGAUCAUCUGCAUUGGGCGGAACUACGCAGCGCACGUCAAGGAGUUGAACAACACGGUUCCAAAACACCCCUUCUUCUUCUUGAAACCGACGUCCAGCAUCAUCACCCCCGAGCCACCGCGCAGCAAUGACUCCCCCAGGAGUGUGGUCACCCCCGGGGAGAACCGGUCACCGAUUUACGUCCCUCGCGGCGUGCAAGUGCACCACGAGAUCGAGCUUGCUCUAGUCAUGAAGUCCACGCUCUCGAACGUGGACCCGACUACGUUCAUGAUGGAAGACCUGCUACCUCACGUCAAAGGUGUUGCGCUCGCGUUGGACUUGACUGGGAGGAACGUCCAGUCGGACGCGAAGAAGGCCGGGCUGCCCUGGACCAUCGCGAAGGGGUACGACACCUUCUGCCCGAUCAGCGGAAUGGUGCCCCUCGAACAAUUGACCCCAAGACCGACUCCAGAGACCUUCCAAGACGCGUUCAGGGUCUCCUGUGCCGUUAACGGUACUUUACGGCAGGACGACAGCACCUCGCUGAUGCUCAACGGGAUGGACAAGCUUGUCGCGACGAUCGCACAGACCAUGCGGCUCGAGGAGAACGAUAUCGUCCUUACGGGCACCCCACAGGGUGUCGGAGAGAUCGUCCCGGGGGACGUCAUCUCAGGGUCCCUGCACUACAACGGGGCAGAAAUAGUCCACAUGUCCUUCGACGUCCAGCAAAAGCCGGGGACGUACACUUACAAAGCGUCUGUCUGA